AUGAUGAGUUUGCCACGUAGUCCAGGGGUGUUGGCACAUAGAUCUUCUACCCCUUUAUGUUCGGGGCGUGGACAACACCCCAGCGGAUAUGCUGAGUCUCCCAAUGGCAAAGGUGUACUCAAUCAUGGAGUAGUUGUGGGGCAGGGUACAAACACAAGGCGUCCGGUGACGUGGCGGUUCUCUGUUGCGCGGAUUACACGGGCGCGCACCAACGAGUACAAAGCUGUCAACUUUGUAUUCAUCGAAGCGGACUGGGCGUGGAAGCCCCAUAUGAAUGCGUUUGCCUUGCCGAGCAAUCAGGCCAUCCCAAAGUAUCUCUCUCUAUUCAUGGAUCAGGAAAAUGGGAGAGCGGAGGGUGGGACACGUUAA